CGGUCCAGCCUCAGAGAGAGCCAGCGAGCGCUCCGAGCAGCAGCAGCAGCAGGGACACGGACGCAGUGACUGGACCUCACUGACCCGCACGUUCACAGGAAUGGGAAACCAUAUUGUUUCUGACUGCCACAAUAAGAAGAUGCCACUGGGUGAGGACGGACAUGCCUGGAAAAAGAAGACCUCAGAUGUCAAGGAGAAGUAUGAUUUCAAAGACAUUCUGGGAACGGGAGCGUUCUCUGAGGUGGUCCUGGCCGAGGAGAAGAAGACACAGAGAUUGGUGGCUGUCAAGUGUAUCCCUAAGAAAGCAUUAGAGGGCAAGGAAAACAGCAUUGAGAAUGAAAUCGCAGUUCUGCACAAGAUUAAACACCCAAACAUUGUAUCUCUGGAGGAGAUAUUCGAGAGUAAAUCACACCUCUACCUUGUCAUGCAACUGGUGUCUGGUGGGGAACUGUUUGAUCGCAUCAUAGAGAAGGGCUUCUACACAGAGAAGGAUGCCAGUAAGCUCAUUCAGCAGAUUCUGGACGCUGUCAAGUACCUCCACGACAUGGGCAUCGUGCACAGAGACCUUAAGCCAGAGAACCUGCUCUACUACAGCAUGGAUGAAGACUCAAAGAUCAUGAUCAGUGACUUUGGACUGUCUAAGAUCGAGGGCUCUGGCAGUGUGAUGUCAACGGCCUGUGGAACACCAGGAUAUGUUGCUCCUGAAGUUUUGGCACAGAAACCGUACAGCAAAGCUGUGGACUGCUGGUCUAUUGGGGUCAUAUCAUACAUUCUGUUGUGUGGAUACCCUCCUUUCUAUGAUGAAAAUGAUGCCAAACUUUUUGAACAGAUCCUGAAAGCAGAAUAUGAGUUUGAUUCUCCUUACUGGGACGAUAUCUCUGAUUCAGCUAAAGACUUUAUAGUGAAUCUCAUGGAAAAAGACUCUAAUGUACGUUUCACCUGCGAGCAGGCUCUGCAACACCCCUGGAUUGCUGGGGAUACCGCCCUGGACAAGAACAUUCACGAGUCCGUCAGCGCUCAGAUCAAGAAAAACUUUGCAAAGAGCAAAUGGAAGCAAGCAUUUAACGCCACAGCAGUGAUCCGUCACAUGAGGCGCCUCCAGCUGAGCACCAGCACUGAAGGACCGAGUCCCACCUUGCCCGACCCGUGCCAAGAUCAUCUACUGAUGCAAGAGGAAGGUAAUGGGGCGCUUUGUGAAGAUGGGUGCUCCCAGAACAUGGAUGGAGGAGCAGACCCGCUGUCCAACUGCACCUACCACUGCCACCCAGCCAACAGUGUGUGAUACCUAACCCACUUCAUUUACCUGUUAAUCCCUGAAUCACUUUCCAAUUUUAAUCCCCCCCCCCCCCUCGGUGGAACCUGAGGCACCGUCUCCCCCCUGCUUAUCUGGCUGGGAAUACAGAGCCAUUCCAACCUGUCGCCUGCAGGGGGAGCAAGACUGUUGAGCCUGAAAGGGAAGAAAUAUUUGGUGUUGGAAAGGAGGUCGUGGGGAGACUUGAUGUCAUGGUUGUGCACCAAGGCAGAUCAUUUUUGGGAUGAGUUGAAAUGGAUGAAAAGGAAGAAGGGAAAGACAUCCUCCCCCUCCCCAUACUUCACGUUGGGGGAGGAUCGUUUUUGCAGAAGCAAGACGGAGCUUGGUGGACGUUUUUAUUUUAAGAAAAUGUUUCAACUUGUCUUGUUUAUGUUUUAUGGUUUUGUAUUUUUGUGUUAUUACCUCCUUUUUAAGGGUUUGGAGUGUCAAUUGCGGUACAGUGUCUGCAUGACAAGGAGACGCUUCCCCAUUGCAUGAUUUAUAUUAAAAGAAAACGCGCUGUAUUGCAGAAAUGCAGCGUCACAUUAUGCCAGUAACUUGGGGUAUUCAGAAAUAUUUCAAUGGAAAAUGUUGUGAUAUUACAGAUUUGCAGCUUAUGUCUUUAAAACAAUUGGUGGCCGAACAGUUCAUCCAAUGAAAAUUAAACCUUGCAGCCAUUUACGAUGUAGCCUUUUCUUGUUCCAUUAUGGUGUUUUCAUGAAGUGGUCCCAACCCCCCCACCUCCACCCCAAAAAAAAAAGAAAAGGAAAAAAAAAUCAAACUUAAGCAACAACAGCAGUUGAUUAAGGUGCCUUUUUAGUAUCUAUAGUUUUAUUGGGAAGCUUUGCUUAGAAAUGUAUUUCUUUUUGUAUUUUCUUUUCUAUUAUUGGAUUGAGUAUGUGUCAUGGGAACUUAAACAUUUUCUUUCCUCAUUAAGGUUAAACAGAUUGGAUGCCCACAAAAAAAGGAAUAUUUAUUCCUUUUAAUAUUGAAAAUCUGAGGCUAAACAUUUGUAGUGUGUAAAAAGUAUUUUUAUAUCCAAAUUGGAAGACGGUGAAGAGUUGAAACAGUAAUUGCAUCACAAAUACUUCUUAAGACCAUAUUGUUAGGAAGAAACAUAAUAUCCAUCCCUUUUACUUGAGGUCUGCAACCUGUGGCGCUAUAACAGGAGCCAUGUUAAUUUACAUAAUUUGAGUGACAUUCCAGAAUCACAUAAAUAAUAUAAAAAUAGCUGGUUGAACUGCCUGUCUUUGCACUCCUAACUUUGUAAAGGCAAUAUGGUGAGCUGGUGAGCCAUGUAGACUACUAUAAAUCCUAUAAAGACUACACUAAAAAGUGCAGAAAACAUUCCAAACAUUUCAAAAACAGCACUAGCUGAAUGAGUUUUUGCCAGCAUGCUUUAAAAAUUAUCAAUUUAACUUAGACUUUAGACAGUAAAAUGAAUACUUGCUUUAAAAAAAAAAACAUAAUUAAUUUGAAUAGCUAGGAAAAAAAAUGUAAAAUGGAUUUUUGCAUUCCUGGUAUAAAUGACUAUGCCUUUAUGCAGCCAAGCAGGAAGUAAAGCUGUCUCUCUAAUGAAAAUAUGAUGUGGCAAAUCUUAUUUAGUAAGGAACUGGUAUGUUUUUUCCUUGUUAAUACUUUAUUCCUUUCCAACAAAUGUCAUAUCCAUAGAUAAUUGUUUUUAUUAAUAUAUAUAUAAAAAAAACUUUUCAAAAAAGGUUUUGUGACUUUAAAAAAAUUCAUACAAUAAUUUAAAAAAAGCAUAUAUAGCUGUUUAAAUCAUAAAGGUUGCCGACGGCUGACAUCUUCUACUUCUCCAAAGACCAUUUCCCGGCCUUAAAAAAAGAAAAAAAAAUACUGCUUUAAAGACUGGAAUUAUGCAUCUUUAUAGUUCUUUUUCCCGCUUUGUUCAACUUCCCUUAAAAGCCUUCCAACUAAGUCCCACAUAUAGUCUUUGGCAUUUGUUGGUUUCUGUUAAAGAUUUUUCAUUGCACAUUUUUAAGUUAUCUGUUCUUUUUGUAGCAUGUUUCUAGUGCUGUUUUCCAUACUUAUUUUUGUACUGCAUGUAGAGAAGCUUUAUGCAAAUGUUUGUUGAAGGAUCUGGUGGGAACCCAUUGCAAAAAAACUCAAUUGGCUCAAAUGGACAGCAAAAAGGGUCGUCUUUUAAUGCGAGCUGACUCAUUUAUUCCUUCCUAUUGGUAAUCUCUAUUUACGGCUCAUAUCUCAAAUUAUUCAUUUAAAGGGAGAGAUUUUGUCAGGUCUUGCUUUCUUUGACUUAAAACCAUGCAGACAAUUAAAGAACAUAGGAAAGUGUAAUAACAUUUCAACAGGUUAAAAAUAACCUUGAAUGUGCUGCUGCGGAAAGUAUCUGAGCUUUACUGUGCAGUUUUACUGGGUAGUUCUUGUAGUGUAUUCAGACUGUAAUGAAACUGGUGAAUGCGAACUGUAAAGUGCAUUUAAUAGAGUCAUUAUUUUUGCAAAGAAAAAAAACUGUUUAGUGUGAAUAGUUUGUAUGUCCUGAAGUACUGUAACGUUAAAACAGAAGAGCACAGGGGAGCUCAGAGAAAGCCAGUAUGCUUACAGCUGAUUUCAAUAUACAACUGAUGUUCUGAUGAUAAUUAAAAGAACUUUGCUAUUUUGAA